CUCAUCUAAAGUAACGGAGAAAUCAACGGCGUGUACGUUACACAGAAAAACCACCUGCGACAGAAACCCCAGUCAAUUCAAGUCAAACACACAUAUACCUCUUUCUCUCCCUUUCUUCUAAAGCAACCCUUCUCUCUCCUAAAGUACUUCGAUACCGUUUUGCUUUUAAAUAUUAUUAAAACGACACAGUUCCGAUUUUUCUCGGUCUGAAAAAAUAGAAUCGGACUUUUAGAACGAACAGAAGAAAGAAGAAAAGAGCAGGAGAAAAAUUCUGCUUAGUUUAUGCUGUCUUUCGCUUAAGAAAAAUUGGGCAUGGCUGAGACUCAGAGCCAAACGCAGCAGACGAAACAACUUGAGGAACAGCAAAACGACGAUUUAGAAGCAGAAGAGGAAGUAGAAGAAGAGGACGAGUUGGAGGAUGAAGAUGAAGAUGAAGAAGGAGUGAGUCGAGUUAGUGAGUCACAAGGUGCUGGAGCGGCGUCUUCGAGUGAUGCUAAGUUGAGAGACUCUCAAUUGGAAACCCAAACGAAUGAUCGUUCUGAGGGGUUGCAGGAGAAUUAUACUGCAGAAUCGAAGGAAGGAGCUGAAAUUAAGGAGCAAGUUAAGACAGCUCACCAGGAAGCUUCACCUAGUUUGGCUGUCCAGGGUACAGAAGCUCUGGCACAAAAUCAGCUCGAGUCAUCUGUUUCUCCAACUUCUUUGCCACAACUGUUGCCAAAUUAUGUUUCACGAAGUAUAUCAACUGCUUCCACUGUAACUCUACCAGAACAAAGCCUUUCAGAUCAGAAGGUUAAUGGCGCAUCCGUGCCAGAAGCAAACCAGCAAAAAUCCUCCAAUCUUAAAAUGGUAUCUGUUGUUCCCAUUGUGAAGACGCCAGUGUCUGAUGGUUACAAUUGGCGGAAAUAUGGUCAGAAGCAAGUGAAGAGUCCUAAAGGUUCUCGAAGCUAUUACAAAUGCACAUUCUCUGAUUGUUGGGCCAAAAAGAUAGAAUGCUCUGAUCACACAGGCCAUAUAAUAGAGAUUCUUAAUAAAGGCAUGCAUAGUCAUGAACCACCACAGAAAAAUAACUUUACAAGGGAAAGUAAGAUCGCAUCAUUUGCUGUGCCUGUUUCACGGAAGAUUGUUACGGCACAGCCCGUCAGAAUACCUAAUGAUUCUGAUCCAUCGACAUCUUCUAAAGAAUCUCUACCUCAAACAAUUGUAAAUCCUGAAAGAAAGCGACAGAGUUCAGGUAGCUUUGAUGAGAAUGGUGAUGUACAAGUGAAGGAAGAGCUUUUGAGUGAACCAGGACCAAGAAAAAGGAUGAAGAAAGGCAAUGCAGUUUGUUCUGGUUCUGUCCUAAAAGCUGGGAAAAAACCUAAAUUUGUUGUGCAUGCAGCCGGUGAUGUAGGGAUCUCUGGUGAUGGAUACAGAUGGCGAAAAUAUGGACAGAAAAUGGUAAAAGGAAAUCCUAAUCCCAGGAAUUACUAUAGAUGCACUUCUGCUGGGUGUCCUGUUCGUAAGCAUAUUGAGACAGCUGUAGAUAAUACAAAUGCUGUCAUUAUAACAUAUAAAGGAGUUCAUGACCAUGACGUGCCUGUACCAAAGAAGCGACAUGGUCCGCCAAGUGCUCCUCUUGUUGCUGCUGCUGCUCCUGCUUCUAUGAACAACUUACAACUUAAAAAAACUGAUGGAGUGCAAAACCAAGUUCCAUUAAAACAAUGGUCAGUGGGUACAGAAGGUGAAUUGACUAGUGAGGCCCUAGACCUUGGAGGUGAGAAGGCUAUGGAAUCAGCUCGAACGCUUCUUAGUAUUGGAUUUGAAAUCAAGCCAUGCUGAACUUAAUCGGCUUUUAUGUUGUUAACAUCAAGCAUGUCACCAUAUAAAUUAUUGAAUGAUCAGGUUUGAUUUUUCGUACUUUUAGUUUUUCUUGUUAUUGCUCUAAUUUCCGGUGAGGCUGUAUAGUUCCUGUUGUGUUCCCUCUCAAUCUAGUUGGAACAAGGUUAUAGUAGUGAAAACAAUAAACAUUUGGUUGGCAACCCUUUUCUUGCGAUCUUAGUUGGAACCAUGUUCAAUUCUCUCUCUCUCUCUCUCUCUCUCUCUCUCUCUUUUGCCGGAAUUUAAGAGCGGCGGUUAUGCUCGUUAUGAAUGUUUGUUGGGAGACAGUGAUAUCCAGUUCACAAGGCAAUUUUUCUUCUGU